GACAUCACGGCCGAGUGGGGUGGGGUGAGGCGGCGCUGGGCUCGGGCUCGGGCUUGGCGAGCGGAAGAGGCGGCGGCUGCAGCGACAGAAGCAGCGGCGGCGGCGCGAGCCAAAGAGAAGGCUCUGGACCCUGGUCAGGAGCCGGGGGAUCCCGCAGUGCCCACGUUCUGAGCGCUCAGCCCCGGAGGCGUCAUGGCUGAGUACGGGACCCUCCUCCAGGACCUGACCAACAAUAUCACCCUUGAAGAUCUGGAGCAGCUCAAGUCAGCCUGCAAGGAGGACAUCCCCAGCGAGAAGAGUGAGGAGAUCACUACUGGCAGUGCCUGGUUUAGCUUCCUGGAGAGCCACAACAAGCUGGACAAAGACCACCUCUCAUACAUUGAGCACAUCUUUGAGAUCUCCCGCCGUCCUGACCUACUCACUAUGGUGGUUGACUAUAGGACCCGUGUGCUGAAAAUCUCCGAGGACGACGAGCUGGACACCAAGCUAACCCGUAUCCCCAGUGCCAAGAAGUACAAAGACAUUAUCCGGCAGCCUUCUGAAGAAGAGAUCAUCAAAUUGGCCCCCCCACCGAAGAAGGCCUGAACAAGGGUUCGGGAGGAAGAGGAGGAAGGUUGGACCUUCAUCGGACCACUCCUUUCCCCAAUUCACCAAAGGAGGGGAGCAAGGGCACCCUCCCAUCUACCCACUUACUAACCUGGUCCUAACCCCCUUAUUGUGCGCGUGUGUGUGCGUGUGCGCACGCUCUGGCUGUGUGUCUCUAUGUCUAGCUCAUCUAGUUCCUCGUCCCUGACAGGGGCUGGGGGGUUUAGGGGCUGAAGGAGGAGAGCUUAGUUUCCCCACACUAAGGGUAGGUAGAGGCUAUUUCUAUGCAAAUAGAAAUUGGCACAUUCCUUCUCUUUUUUCUUUCCUCCACUUUCCCCCCACAUCUCUGAAGUGUGGGAGCAGA